UAUCGAUGUGUUAUUUCACAUUCGGUUCUUCAAUAAAUCGAACAGACAAACUGUUCGAAUUAAACUGAUCGUUUUCGCUGAGGGAAUUAUUUUCACAUCGUUCUGAAAAAAAUUUCACAAAAGUCGACUUUAUAUCCAAAAUAUGUCUUCGUCGCAAGCUGUACCGAUCGACGCUGUCAACCAUUUAUUCGAGAGACCAACCGAGCCUUUGUUUAAUAGAAAAGGUGGCGAUGGCAGUGUUCAAUUCGUUAUACCCGAUUCUUACUACCCUGACAAAUACAAAGGCGUACCUAUACAAGUCGACACUCGUGGUCCGGCAACAACUUACAAUAUAAAAGCCCUAUCUACUUUACCUAACCUUUCGCAAAUUAGUGCUUUACCAUACAACACUAGUUUUUCCGUAUUCAACGAUUUUCAUCGAAGCUGCGCAACUAAGCUCAUAGAUCUACUUUUAGAUGCUAAAGCUGAAGAUUUCAUUUCGUUAGCUUCUUAUUGCCGAGACCGAGUUAAUCCUUAUUUAUACCAAUAUGCUCUUUCUAUCGCUUUAUUGCAUCGUACCGAUACCAAAAAUUUCCCGAUCCCUUCGCAUUUAUCUUCUUUUCCGGAACUGUUCAUGGAUAGAUCUAUUUUUGCGCAGGCUAGAGAAGAAGAAAAUAUUGUACCUCAAGGCUCUCGGAGACCCAUUGAAAUUCCACGUGAUUACACAUCAUCUGAUUUAGAGCUGGAACAUUUACUCGCUUACUUUCGAGAAGACGUUGGAGUCAAUCUACAUCAUUGGCAUUGGCAUUUGGUUUAUCCUUUAGAUGGAAGAAGAGAAAUUGUCAACAAGGACAGGCGGGGAGAAUUGUUUUAUUACAUGCAUUCGCAAAUUUUAUCUCGGUACAAUAUGGAACGUCUUUGCAACCAUUUAGCUCGUGUCAAGCGUUUCCUCGACUUUAGAGAACCUAUCGAAGAAGGAUACUUUCCUAAAUUGGAUAAUUUUGUUGCCAGCCGAUUGUGGCCCUCCAGAAAUCAAAAUACUCGACUAAGCAAUGUUAAUCGAGAGCACGAUCGUUUAAGAGUAGAUAUUCAAGAAUUAGAAAGAUGGAGAGAUCGUCUGUACGAAGCCAUUCAUAAUGGAAGAUACUUGGUUCAAGGCAAAAAUGAAACUCAACAGUUUACUGUGGAAACUGGAAUUGAUAUUCUUGGAAAUAUGAUCGAAUCAAACAUCCUGAGUGUGAAUCGUACCGAGUAUGGAAAUCUUCACAAUCAGGGCCACAAUCUAAUUUCUUACUCGCAUGAUCCAGAUGGUCAAUAUUUGGAAUUAUUCGGCGUAAUGGGAGAAUCUUCGACAGCAAUGAGGGAUCCUAUAUUUUAUCGUUGGCAUGCUUUUGUGAACGGAAUGUUUGAAGAAUACAAACACACGUUACCACCGUACACCCCCCAAGAAUUGAACUUUGAGAAUAUUAAAAUAACCGGCGUUCAAAUCAAGGCGACCGGUUUGCCAGAUAAUGAAAUCGGAACAUUUUGGCAACAAGCGGAUAUCGAUUUAUCUAGAGGAUUAGAUUUCGCCGAGCAAAGAGGAUCUGUUUUCGCUCGUGUUACUCAUCUUCAACACACCCCUUUCACUUAUACAAUAAAUGUGAAUAACGGUGGUUCGGCUCGAGUUGGAACCGUGAGGAUAUUUUAUGCUCCGAAAUUCGACGAACGUAAUUUGGGAUUCAUUUUUAGAGAUCAAAAGUCGUUAUUCGUUGAGCUGGAUAGAUUCACCACUAACUUAAAAAGUGGUGCAAACACAAUCACACGCCGAUCAGUAGAAUCUUCGGUCACUAUUCCUUAUGAACAAACAUUCAGGAAUUUAUCCACCAGACCAGCGGCAGGAUCAGCCGAAGAAGCGGCUUAUAAUUUCUGCGGAUGCGGAUGGCCUCACCACAUGCUCAUAGCGAAAGGACACUCGGGAGGAUUUCCGUGCGAACUUUUCGUCAUGAUUUCAAAUUAUGAUAAUGACUCGGUUCAAAGGCCAAAUACCAGCACUUCGUGCGAUGACGCAUCCAGCUACUGUGGUAUCAGGGAUAGCAAGUAUCCAGACCGUCGUCAUAUGGGUUUCCCGUUGGACAGGUUGCCUCGUGAAGGAGUUGUAACAUUGAAAGAUUUUCUCACCCCAAAUAUGGCUGUACAAGACAUCGCCAUCCGUUUCAAUGAGAGAAUAGUCCCUCCGAUUCAGAAAUCCGGAAAUAAAAAUUAAUCUGCAUCGUGCUUUUAAUCUGAAUAAAAGUAUGCAUUAGACUAUUUAGCAUGGGUGAACAUAAUUUUAAAUAAAUGUAGGUACCUAAUAUUGUAAUACUCUAUCUAUUCUACACAUAGAAAAAAAUGAAAAAUACAUAUAUUGUUAUAACUGCAAA